UUCAAAGCAGCGGGCAACCAAGUUGGUCUGCCUAAUACACAUAACUAAGCAAAGAAAAUGGAGAGCCAAAACCAGCUUCCACAACCACAGGAACCUGUCAAAGGCACCACCUUUCUUAGGACUUGCUUUAAUGGAAUUAAUACUUUAGCUGGUGUUGGGAUACUAUCAAUUCCGUAUGCACUUUCUCAAGGAGGAUGGAUAAGCUUAACAUUUCUAUUUCUGGUAGCAAUUCUGAGCUUAUACACUGGAUUACUCUUAAGACGAUGUAUGGAUACGGAUACAACGAUCAAAACAUACCCAGACAUAGGAGACAGAGCUUUUGGGUAUAAAGGAAGAGCUAUCGUAUCCAUUUUUAUGUAUCUUGAACUAUAUACUUAUUUGGUGGCAGUAGAGUUUUGAUCACUAGAAGGUGAUAACUUAAACAAGUUAAUUUCAAAUAUGGGUUUAGAGUUGGUGGAUUAAAAAAUUGGAGGCAACAGGGAUUUGUCUACUCACUUCCCUUGUAUAUUGCCAACGACAUGGUUAAGGAGUUUUAGGCGAUGUUAGCUUAUUUGUUUCUGCAGGUGGGGUUUUUGGCUUCUGUCGUUUUUGGUUGUUUCUGCAGGUGGGGUUUUGGCUUCUGUCGUUUUGGUUGGUUGUGUGUCGUGGGCUGGUGCAAUUGAUGGUGUUGGCUUUCAUGAAGGAGAGUUGCUCUGGAAUUGGGAUGGAUUGCCUACUGCUAUAAGUUUGUUUGCCUUUUGUUACUGUGGACAUGCAGUUUUUCCGACAUUGUGCAAUUCUAUGAAAGAUAGAAGCCAAUUUUCCAAGGUUUUACUUGUCUGCUUUGUUUCUAGCACUAUAACUUAUGGAUCAAUGGCAAUUCUUGGGUACCUUAUGUAUGGUGAGCAUUUGAAGUCUCAAGUGACUUUAAACCUUCCCAUCAGAAAAAUCAGUGCAAAAAUAGCAAUUUAUACAACUCUGGUAAAUCCUUUGACCAAGUAUGCAGUUAUAAUUACUCCAAUUGCUAAAGCCAUGGAAGACACAUUUCGUCUAGGCAACAGCAGAUUUCUCAGUAUCCUCGUCAGGACAGCAAUUAUGAUAAGCACAUUAGUUGUGGCAUUAACAAUUCCAUUUUUUGGGUAUGUGAUGGCUUUUAUUGGUUCUUUUUUGAGUGUCACUGUCUCAAUGUUGUUCCCAUGCCUCUGCUACCUGAGGAUCAACACAGCUGCUCGAAGUUUCGGGUUCGAGCUGGUGAUAAUUGUUGGAAUCCUGAUAGCUGGAUUGUUUGCUGCCAUUGUAGGUACAUACACUUCUAUCAAACAAAUAAUAAACCAUCUCUGAGACUGUGCAGAUGGAAUUUAAGAUCAGCAAAAAUAAAGUAAUUGUUUUGCAUGUCCAAGAAUUGCAUAAAAUCAAUAAAUCAGAAAACAAAAUACAAAAUA